GGAAGGGCGGGGAGAAAGACAGAGACCGGUUUAUUGGCUUACCCAGCCGAAGACAAAACUUCUCAACCCCCACGUGCGGCGAUUUGGUGUUUGGGCGUGUGGGUCCUGUGCAAUUCUGGAGUACUUCAGAGAAAGCAAGAGGAGGGUCUGACUGCCACUCAUUGGAUUCCCAGAUUCCGGGCGGGCUGGGACAGACUCAGUUUGCGUUCCUGCUCCUGUGGGUAGAGGUCACUGUGUAGGAACCUGUGCAUCAGGCUGUUGUUACCUUUUCUGGUUGCAAGAACAUCGUUGGCCCUACCAGAGCUUGCAAAAGAUUUCUGUGUAAGAGCUGCAGAAAAUGAUCAGCUUCCAGGGAUCAGUGACAUUCCAGGAUGUGGCUGUGGAAUUCACCCCAGACGAAUGGCAGCUGCUUGACUGUGAUCAGAGAACCUUGUAUUGGGAUGUGAUGCUGGAGAACUUUAGAAACCUCAUCUCAGUGGGGGACCCAGUUACCAAAACAAAAGUGAUCUUUAAGGCAGUGCAAGGACAAGAGCCAUGGAUGGCAGAGGGAGAGAAGCCACGUUGGCACUAUCCAGAAGCUGAUUACCUGCUUGUUGAUGAAUCAGAAAAGCACCAGGAAAAGAAAGACAAUUUUUUGAAUUCAGUUUUGUUCACAUUCAAUAAAAUUCUGACUAUGGAAGGGCUCCAUGAUUAUAACAUGAGCACAAGUCUUAAUCCUACAAGGAAAAAAUCAUAUAAAUGUAAGUCAUAUGGGAAGAGUUUGCAACCUACUUUAGACUUGCUUAAUUAUAAUGGAUGUUAUACUGGAGAAAACUCAUAUGAAUGCACCGAAUGUGGGAAAGCCUUCAAAAAGAAGUUUCAUUUCAUUAGACAUGAAAAAAAUCAUACAAGAAAAAAACCCUUUGAAUGCAGUGACUGUGGGAAAGCCUAUAGCAGGAAGGCUCACCUUGCAACUCAUCAGAAAAUCCAUAAUGGAGAGAGACCCUUUGUGUGCAACGAUUGUGGGAAAGCGUUUACGCAUAAAGCACAACUGGUGGUCCACCAGAGACUUCACACUGGAGAGAAACCUUAUGAAUGCCAUGAGUGCGGGAAGUCAUUCACCUGGAACUCCUCCUUUACCCAACAUGUGAAAUCUCAUACACUUGAGAACUCAUUUAAAUGUAAGGAAUGUGGGAAAACCUUCAGGUAUAGCUCAUCCCUUUAUAAACAUUCUAGAUUUCACACAGGAGAGAAACCCUACCGAUGUAUUGUAUGUGGCAAAGCCUUUGGUAACACAUCUGUGCUUGUUACACAUCAAAGAAUUCAUACAGGAGAGAAACCAUAUGGGUGUAUUGAAUGUGGAAAAGCCUUCAUCAAGAAGUCACAUCUCCUUAGACAUCAGAUAACUCAUACAGGAGAAAAGCCCUACGAAUGUAAUAGAUGUGGGAAAGCAUUUUCCCAGAAGUCAAAUCUUAUUGUACAUCAGAAAAUUCAUACAUGAUAUUUAUGUUGUAAAUAUGAUAAAGCCUUAAAUAUUAGAUUAAGUCUUAUUAAACAGAUUUCAUGGUGAGAAAUCCACCAAUUUGAAUGGAGUUGGAAGACUAGAUUUCCAUAGAAAAUAAUGUCAAUCAUGUUCUGGAAGUGAUAAUAAGGUUUUUACAGAAAAAGAUCACAGAAAACAUCUAUUUGUAAAUAAUAGAGCAUAGAGCUUAGUAAGCAUCAAGGAAUCUGUGAAAACUGCAUUUAUCAUCUCUUUUAUUUUUAUAACAUUAUGGAAUUAUACAAGUGUGAGUAUAAAAUGUUUAUGUAUUACAUUAAAUUAUAUCAAUCGGGUGAAGUACAUGUUUUUUUCUUCCAAUCCUAACAACAUGCUAGUGACAUAAUGUGGUUUAAUAUGAAAUAUUAAUUUCAGUAACUCUAUCCAUUUGCUGGCACUUUUAAUGGGCAAGGCAGUGUUACAGCAUCUCAGUCCCCUCUUCAAUUAUAAAACUUGUUAAAAGAUAUUUUCCUAUGUAUGUAAACAGCAAAACAAACAACUUAAGACACCAAAUGAGAGGGAAAAGCAGUUGUAUUCUGGAUUACGAUAAGUAUUCAGUUGAGGAGAAUAAGUAUUUAAAUAAGUUUGUAAAUAAAACAUUUG